AUGGCCCGUCUUUCACCUCUUGGUGCGAAACCGUCCAGUGUUCAGUCUGCCAGUAGUGAAUUAGACGCUUGUGCUCAGUGGAGUAGCGACAGACUCAAAACUGGCAGAGCAGAUAGACUCAAAGAAGUGCUAGUCCCUCAAAGCAAGAACAACUGCCAGAGUUCUAUGAUAAAGUCAUCACAUGGUCAAGUUGAUAUAUCAGAGUUUUCAAAUACAAAACAGAAGCCCAAGAACAAAGUCAACCUUGCAAUCUGUGCUCAAAGAUCGAAUACCCAGAACAGAAAAAGAAAAGUUGAAGAGGACGGCGAUACACCUUGGCAGACAUGA